GUGUGAUAAGUUUGUUAAAAUAAAAUAAAAUAAUGAAGACAAUAGUAAAUACGAUACUUUUCGACGUGUCCAAAAAUGAAUUGUUCAAAAUCAAUGAAAACUACAAAAUGCUGCACAGGAAAUUGAAGACCACGUGGAAAGUUAUGAUCAACCGCGACGAGCUCUCCGAAAACAUCUUACAAGACGUGAAGAUCCUGGUAGUGGCUGGGCCUCAGAACGCGUUCACUGAUGAUGAGCUGGCCUGCUUAAAGGGCAUGGUAGAGAGAGGGGACUCGGUUCUGGUAGCCAUGACCGACGGGGGGGAGGAGAGGAUGAAUACCAAUAUUAACUUCUUUCUGGAGGAGUAUGGGAUUGUUGUUAACAAUGAUUGCGUGGUCCGGGCCAAGUACCACAAGUUCUACCACCCCAAGGAGUGCCACAUCUCUUCAGGGAUCCUCAACCGAGCCGUCGUCAAGUACCUCAUGAAGAUACCCAACUACACCAGCGAGUCCGACGACUAUCUUGAAGACCCAGCGACUCCAAACUUCGUGUACCCGUACGGGGCGACGCUCACGGUCAAGAAGCCAGCUGCGGCUCUGCUGUCAACCAGCGAUGUCUGCUACCCAGUGAAGAGGCCGGUGGCUGCUCUGUACACUUCUGAGAGGAGUGGAGGCAAGCUCUUCGUGAUAGGCUCCGGCCAUUUCUUCGCGGACCAGUACCUGGAGUGCGAGUGCAACGACUUGAUCCGCGAGAUGGUGUUCAGCCAGCUCGGCGGCGCGUCAGACCUGCACCUCAACCCGGUGGAUGUUGAGGAUCCUGAUGUGAACGAAUACCGCACCCUGGGCGAUACGAUGUGGCUGAGCACGGUGCCGUGGCCGGAGCCCGCCACCGCGCCGCCUCCCAGGCUGCAUCCUUUGCAUCCGCACGCGCUGUUCACUUGGAGGCUGUUCUCACUCAACUUGGCCCAGUUGCCAGAAGUACUAGGACUGUAUGACGCGCUGGGGGUCAAGCACGAGCCCCUGCGACUUAUCGCGCCGCAAUUCGAGACUCCUUUUCCGCCACUUCAGCUUGCAGUGUUCCCUCCAACGUUUCGCGAGCCUCCACCACCUCCACUGGAGCUGUUCGACCUGGAUGAAGCCUUCAGCUCGGAGCGCUCGCAGCUGGCGCGCCUCACCAACAAGUGUCUGCAGCCGCCUGGUACUAGAAUGGGCCAAGGAGACGGGCGUCAAAUUGAGAACGAGCUGGAGUACUACGUGCGCGAGUGCGGGCGCGUCGUGCGGCUGUCGCGCGCCGAGCACGCGCCCGAGCACGCGCCCUCCGCCAAGCAGCUGCUGCACCAGCUGGCUGUCCAGCUGGCUACAUACAAGAAGAUCGCGCCGAAGGACUGAAGCAGAAAUGACAAAGAAAAAAUAACAAAACGACCAAAACUAAUACUUUAUAUUGUACCUCCUCACCCAAAAACGAAGGUCCUGUACCAGCUGGCCGUGCAGCUGGCCACCUACAAGAAGAUCGCGCCGAAGGACUAUCGGCAUAAGCUGAAGAUAAGACCCAUAGAUCUGAAAAAAACUAUGUAAUCAAAAUCGACGAUGACAAACUACAACCACCAGCUGGCUACUUACAAGAAGACUGAAGCAGGAACAGCAAAGAAAAGCAUGUCUAUGUAGCACAGCAUCAUGACGAAAACUAACUACUACUUUAAUCCGAACCUCGCCCUAAAAAUGAAGUCUGAUUCGCAACAUUUCAUUUGAUCUAUAAUAGACGAAGACGAAUAGAGUGAGUUGGUGAGCAAGCAGGUCCUGAACCAGUUGACGGUCCAGCUACUACGUAUAAGAAGAUCGCGCCGAAGGACUAACGGCAUAAGCUGAAGACAAGAUCAAACCCACAGAUCAUGAUAACAAACUGGCAACUGCUAAUGACAAAAUGACUCACCACCAACAAGAUCAGCACUGUAGCAGAACAUAGGACCGAAAUCUCAGUGUGUUUGCGGUUAAAAUGACCACGCAUGACCAUCCUUGAACCAAAACCCCUGUCAUAGAUACUGCACCAAAUAACUAAUAUAAAAUAUUGUAGACUAUACCUACUUUUCUAUUAAAUUAUUAAUUAGAAUUGAUUGAUUUUAAACGUAGAGUUUGUUAUUUCUA